AUGCCCACGCGCGAUGUUGUCAGUGGGGAAAGAUCCCUUGCAAACACUGCAAACAUCCCUGGCCAUUCACCAGCCGCCGCCUGCUACUUUUUCCCGAUCAACGAACGGCUUCUCUCCUUCGGACAUCGCUCUUCCACGAGUCUGUGCAGCCUCGAGAUGAAUCCAAUGAAUCCGGCCCCUUCUCUCUGGCAGGAGGCCCGCAAUGCGGAUGGGCGGCGCGCUUUGUCGAAUCAGCCAUGGAAGGAGUAUACGGCGGAAGGAGGGCGCAAAUACUGGUACAACACUGAGACCAAGCAAAGCACUUGGGAGAUGCCAGAUGUUUAUAAGAAUGCGUUGGCGCAGGCUCCAGCUCCCCAAGCUCCGCCCGUAGCGGCCCCGACUUUCGUCGCCGGUGGAGUCAGCUCCUUUUCCUCAUACCCGCAGCAGCGUGAGCGCGAUGACUACGAUCGCGGCUAUGGUGAUCGACGCGGUGGAUAUGGCUCGAUGGAUACGAAUGGUCUUGCAUUGAAUGCAGUUCCUGGGGUGCAGCAAGUGGAGCCCGAGUAUAACUCGCUCGAGGAGGCCGAAGGUGCAUUUAUGAAGAUGCUCAAGCGCCACAAUGUGCAGCCCGACUGGUCCUGGGAGCAGACCAUUCGCGCAACCAUCAAAGAUCCUCAAUAUCGAUCUUUGAAAGACCCCAGAGACCGCAAGGCAGCCUUUGAGAAAUAUGCGGUCGAGGUUCGCAUGCAGGAAAAGGAUCGGGCGAAAGAGAGAUUCGCUAAGCUCAGAGCAGAUUUCAACACCAUGCUGAAACGCCAUCCUGAGAUCAAACAUUACAGUCGCUGGAAGACCAUCCGACCGAUCAUCGAGGGCGAAACGAUCUUCCGGUCCACAGAUGACGAGGAUGAGAGGCGUCAGCUUUUUGAGGAGUACAUCCUCGAGCUCAAGAAAGAACAUAUGGAAGAGGAGGCUGCCAAGCGCAAGGCUGCUAUGGAUGAGCUCGCCACUAUUCUCAAAUCCUUGGAUCUCGAACCUUACACGCGUUGGUCUGAGGCCCAAGCCAUCAUCCAGUCUAAUGACAAGGUCCAGAACGACGAAAAGUUCAAGUCCUUAAGCAAGUCUGAUAUUCUGACCGCGUUCGAGAAUCAUAUCAAGUCGCUGGAGCGCGCUUUCAACGACGCACGCCAGCAACAAAAGGCUGCGAAGGCACGGAAAGAGCGCCAUGCGCGUGAACAAUUCAUUGAUCUACUGAAAGAGCUCAGAUCCCAGGGCAAGAUCAAGGCUGGUAGUAAGUGGAUGAAUAUCUACCCUAUGAUUAAUACAGAUCCCCGGUAUCUUGGCAUCUUGGGCAACUCGGGAUCUUCGCCUAUGGAGCUCUUCUGGGACGUGGUUGAAGAAGAGGAACGCUCCUUACGCGGCCCACGCAAUGAUGUCUUGGAUGUUCUUGAUGACAAACGAUUCGAGGUCACUCCCAAGACCACUUUUGAAGAGUUCCACUCUCUCGUGCUUGGUGACCGCCGCACGGCCAAUCUCGACCCGGAAAUUCUCCAGCUUCUGUUCCAGCGUAUCCAGGAGAAGGCUGUGCGACGAAACGAAGAGGAGAAGCAUGCGGCUGAUCGCCACCAGCGCCGUGCGAUUGAUGCUUUGCGAUCUCGCAUCAAGCGUCUGGAACCCCCUGUUCGGCCCACCGACAGCUGGGAUCAGGUACGUUCCAGAGUGGAGAAAUUCGAGGAAUAUAAAGCCCUGGAGAGCGAUGAGCUCCGGCAGGCCGCUUUCGACAAGGUGAUCCGCCGGUUGAAAGAAAAGGAAGAAGACGCGGAUCGUGAUCGUGACAGAGACCGUGGCAGCCGGCGAGAACAUUACGACCGCAGUGACCGAGAGUACCGUAGCUACAGAGGCGAGCGAAGGGGCGCUUCCAGUCGCAUGAGCCGCACUCCUGAGCCCGAUGCCUACGAGGCCGAUCGCCGCAAAGCUCAAGCUGACCGGGAGCGGUCUUACCGAAAGACUAGCGGUCUAUCGCCUGUCCGUGAAAGGCGGGAGGAUCGCGACCGUGACAGAGAGCGCUAUCGCGAACGUGAUCGUGAUCGGGAUUGGGAUCGCGAACGCAGCUCUCGUUCUCUCAGCCACUAUGACCGCGACCGUCGUGAUCGUGAGGAGGAGCGCGAGCGCCUCUACCGCACUCGUGGUGAUCCUCGUGGCAGUCGGGACGAACUCGACUACGGCGCCGACACGCGUAGCACCGUCAGCAACGACCGCCGCCGCCGGCGCGACAGUGAUGCCGAGAGUGUUGCCAGCCGGUCCGCCAAGCGGUAUCGACGCGACAGUCGCGAGAGAGAUCGCAGCCGAGGCGCCAGAAGAGAACGAGACCGUCGGGAGCGGACGCCUGCGGCUGAAGAAACGAAGAAGGAAAAGGCCGUGCAUUCUGGCAGCGAGGAGGGCGAAAUCGAAGAGGAGUAA